AUGACGGCUAAAUUUUUUAUAAUUUUUGGUGUAGUGGCAACUUUUUAUGGUAAGUGUGGCUGUGGGUUCGCAGGAUUUGGUUUAAAGAACGAACAGUUGAUAUAACAACCGUUGGCCUGUUGUUUUUGGUUAAAAAAGGCGUCUUUUACAAAAAAUUAAGGAGUAAUUAAGAUAUAAUACUUGCAUAUUUUAUAAUACGGAGAUGCGCUGAAAAGAUUUUUUUUAAACCCUUGCGACUUUUUGCAAAGACUGCGUCCUCUAACUAACGAUGAGUAUAAAAAGAUGACAAUUCUGCUUCCGUAACAACCAAUAUCGGAUUUCAUUUUCAGUUGUAAUAUCCGCUCCAAUUGACACAGAGGACGACCGAGAACCAUCUACUGGGUCAGAAGUUGCCAAGCGGGAGGCCGGCGGGACUACCGCUGCCCCAGAACCUGUAGCCAAGAGGUCGCCACAAAAUCCACUUGAUGACACGAUUAAAGUUGAUGACGAAACAGCAGGGAGGGCUAAACGUCAAGCUGAAUCGUUGCAAGUCACAACUGAAACGGUUUUUAAGCGAGACACCGAGGGGUCCUCUAAGGUUGUUGAGGAACGAGGAGUUGAUGAGGAGGUUGAAGAAAAGGAUGUGGAUAAAAGGUCAGUCGAGGACUCAAGCCCUGAAACUGUUGUGAAGCGCGGAGGAGAAGGCAGCCGGGCUGACACUGGAGAGGACAAAGGUGUCAGAAGAAAGCGAGAAGACAACGCAUCCAAUGAAGAAGAGGAUGAAGAAGGAGUUGAAGCUGACGAAGGUGACGAAGAUGAAGGAGGAGUGUUUGGAAUGGGAUUUGGAAGAAAGAAGAGAGAUAAUGAAGGUAAGCGGUUGUUAGAGAACCUACAGUAAAGCGUUCAAUAUAGGGACUUAGCUGAUUUUUUAUUUCAGCCCAAAAUCCCAACAUUCUGAUUAAGCGAGAAGCUCAGCAAAAACCGGAUGAAACACAGACGGAGGAUAAAAACCCCAGAGAAAGUCAGCCAUCUGGAGAGGCUCAAGAGACCAACCAAGCAGCAACUUACAACUCAGGGCUUUCCGAUUCAAACGGUGAAGCCGUUAGUCCGAUCCAAGCUGUUACCAGCCACGGAGUUUUGUAA